AUGUCCUCUUCGGGCUAUGUCGCCGUUCCUCGGUGCUCGGUGAUCUUCGAUGGCACCAACUAUGCUGAGUUUGUGGGCUUUAUGCGCAUCCAUAUGCGUGGCCUCCUUUUGUGGGGUGUUCUCUCUGGCGAGGUCCCUUGUCCGCCAUGCCCUGUUGCACCAGUGGCCCCAAUCCCAUCAGUGCCGCCGGUUCUUGCUGCUGAUGCUUCUCAGGCUGACCGGGAUGCCGCCAAGACUCUAGAUGAUGCUGCAGUGGAUGCUUAUGAUCAACAGGUAUCUGCAUAUUCUGAUGCUCUUUCUGUCUACCGGGAUGAUCUGUCUGCUUACACUCAGUGGUGCAAUGAUGAUGCUCGAGCUGCUGCUGUCCUCACUGCGAGUGUCCUCCCUCAGUUUGCUUCGGAGUUCAUGGGUCUCGGCAUUGUUGCAGCGAUGUGGUCCUAUCUUUGUCAGCGUUAUCAGCCCUCUGGCGAUGCUCUAUACCUUUCUGUGGUGCGUCAGGAGCAUGCUCUUCAGCAGGGUGACUCGUCUGUUGAUGAGUUCUUUUCACAGUGCUCUGCCCUCUGGCGUCAGCUUGACUCACUGAGGUCUGUUGUUUGUGGCACUUGCCGUUGCUGUCAGACUACGCGGUCUGACUUGGAGUUUCAGAGGGUUCAUGAGUUCUUAUCUCGUCUCCGCAUCGAGUUUGAGCCCCGCCGGGCUCGCUUGCUUGCUCAUGGUCGUGUUCCUAUCUCGGAGGUGCUUGCUGAGCUUCGUGCUGAGGAGACCCGUCUUCGCUCUGCUGGGUUACUUGUGAUUUCUUCAGUGUUGGCUACCCGGGCUCCUGUGUCAUCUUCUCGCCUCACUGCUCCACCACUCCUACCCACUCCUUCAGGGGGGUGA